CCCGGUCCGGCGCCGCGGGGACGGGCGGGCGGAGUUCGGGCGUCUGAGGUAGGAGGGGAGGAGCCUGAGCUGCAGCCGCCGUCGCCGAGGGGACAGGAGCAUGUCUGCAACUCGAGCCAAGAAAGUGAAGAUGGCCACCAAGUCAUGCCCCGAGUGCGACCAACAGGUUCCUGUUGCAUGUAAAUCUUGUCCUUGUGGUUACGUAUUUAUUACCAGAAAACGUCUAAAAGUAAAACAUUCAGAGAAAUCAUCCCCCUUUACAGAAGUGAAUACUGUAUCGUUGAAAGAUUUACGAAUACUUUUUUUAUAUGAAUUUAAACUGGGACAUAGUGCAGCUGAGGCAAGCAGAAACAUCAAUUCCGUCUUUGGAGGAGGCUCUGUAAGUGAAAGGACUGUCCGGUGGUGGUUUGAAAAAUUUCGUUCUGGGGUUAUGAGUCUGAAAAAUGAACCUCGUGGGAGACCCAAAUCUGUUUUAAAUGAAGAUCAGUUAAGAGCUAUGGUGGAAGCUAACCCCAAAUCAGCAAUUCGAGGUCUUGCAGCAGACUUAGGAGUUUCUGCUACAACAAUUUCUCGACACCUGGCUGCAAUAGGGAAGGUGAAAAAAUUGGACAGGUGGGUAGGUACUACAUCAGUUGAUGGUUAGAGAGAUUUCUUAAGAUUUGAAAGAGCGAAGAUCUAUUUUGGAGAGGAUCAUAAUUGAUGGCAAAAAGUGGAUACUGUAUCACAGUUGAAACGGAUCAGGACAACAGGCGGAAGUUGGUAAAGUUCCCAAACAUGUCAAAAACCAUCAUGGCAACCAAAAAAGAUUGUGGUGACUGGUGAUCUGAAAAAAGGCCAUUUCAGUACUGCUUUUUAACACUGGUAAAACAAUAAUGGUAGUAUUUUACUUUCAAUAUGUUAGAAAUAUAUAUCAAAAUUUGAUCUAAAAGCACUCUGCAUUGGUUAGCAGAUACGGACCCGUAAUUAUCAUGAUGACAUUUGACCACAGAAAUCACAAAUCACCAUAGCAAAGUUAACUGCAUUGGACUAAGAAAUUUUGCCACAUCCGUCAUUCUCACUCGACCUUUUUUCAACAGAUUAUCACUUUUUUCAUCAUUUGGAGCUCUUUCUAAGAAACAGAACAUUCCUCAAUUGAGAAACAGUAAUUGGAGGAUUUGAACACAUUCUGACAGUUUAAAAAUGCUGAAUUUUGUAAAUAUGGCAUAUAUCAUUUAAUAUCCCAUCAGGGAAAGCGGUUACUGCCAGCGGUGCAUAUUUUGACUGAAUAAAUAAUUUUUUUUCUUGAAAGGAUUACAUUAUUUUGACUUAGAAAGAAGACAGUUUUAUAUGAUUCAACAUAAUGCCUUCCCGGGCCCCAGCAGAGCAUGAAGACUGAGAGGUACCCACGGUGCUGGAAGACUACAGGUGUUUCCAAGUUUUGGGACUUCUUCCUUGGAGGAAGGUGUCCCAACCCAGGGUGUGUGCUGUACGUGUGCAAAGAUGGUUAGGAGUCAGCCAUGCAAAGAUCUGGGCAAAGAGGGCUCCCAGGAGAUAAGCCGCUUGUGCAAAUGCUCUUGGAUUCUCAGAAAAUACUUUUUUGAAUGAAGAGGAGAUGCUUCUCUCUAACACCCAAGUCAUGCACAGAAUAGAUCUGGCUUAGUGAAAGUUUUUGGAUGAUACUUAUUUGUCACAAAGAACCAAUGCCUUCUUUUAUUCCAAUUUUUAAAAAACAUAAAUGGCCUAUGAGAGACGAAAAUUCAUGGCUGUUUUAUGAUGUCGGUAGAUUGGCAGUUACUCAUUGUGACAUCCAGGGACUAAGUUGGGGUAAGAUACUGGGAUGGUCCUCCUCCUGCCUCUCCCUCCUGACAACCUCAUAAGUCUGUUCCAUGAAAGAGAGAACAGUUAAGGUAGCCUAUUAAAAAAAAUUGAGCAGCGUGUAGGAUACUUUUAGUCCUAAGGUUCCUACCCCCUUAGUUGGAUGCCCUCACUUGGAGUCACCUGCCCGUCUACUACUCCAUUCUUGUCAGGGAACCUACCCAGUACUUUGGGAGACUCUUCUUACUCCCAGUAGAGUGAAGCUUCUGAUGUGGCUCACACUGACAGGGUUGCAGGGAACCCCACGUAUGGGAAGGACUUCAUGUCGAAGGUUAAAGGAGGAGGUUGAACAGCCACAGAGGGCAGAGCAGUGGCUUGGCCAAUGCGAAAGGAGGUAGUUUUAUAUAGUUGGUCUCUUUGGAGUGGAAGGUAGUCAUUUAAUGGCCACCUGUCCCCCAAUUAUCAGACCUCUCAUCAGACUUCCAGAGUGGGAUGCCAGGCUUGGGUCUAAGACAGUAAGUGGAUAUCCUUGCUCCAGCCCAAAGGAGUAUUUGGGGAAUGGGUAGAAACACCCAAAUGGAAGCAAUAAAAUAUGAUAUGAGUCAGGAAAAGGAGCAGAUACAGGGUAAUGAGUUAGCCUUGUGAUCUUCCUUACCACCUCCAAGGAGUGCUGACCUGAGUCAGAAACAGGCCUGCGGCUCUGUGAGCACAUGGAUCCAGCUGUGCCUGAAACUGGUACGAUCACUUCGUUUUUGCUAUAUGAGCCAGUAAAUACCCUUUUUGCUUAAGUGAAAGCCAUUAUGAGUUUGGUUUCCCAUUUCAGAAAAGCAAGAUUCCUGACUGAUACUCUCCUUGAGCCUCACUUUCCUGAUCUGCAAACUGGGGCCCAUGGUGCCACCUCGCAGGGUUUGGAGAGAAACAAUGGCAAUGUAAAGGCCAAGGCACAGAGCAGGCGCCCAGUAAGUGGUAGUUAAUACUGUGAAAGGAAAAGGCAAAGGAGGCAAAGCAAAGUGUGGGAGGCCUCUGGAAGCCCCUCAGUGUCCAGGGCAGGCUCGUGGGCGGGGUUCAGUGCUCAGUGAAGGUGGUGCCUGGCUUGGGCUGCAAACGAGGGCUGGCCUCUUGAGUCACUCUGGCUUACCUGCAUUGUGCGCUCCCUGACUGCUUCUUUAUUGGCUUGGACUGUCUGGAGUUCCUGGCUGCAAAGGAAGGCUGGCCUCUUGAGUCUCUCUGGCUUACCUCCAUUGAGUGCUCCCUUAUUAGCCACACAGGAGGACAAGAAAAGUCCUUUCAGAUGGAAUAUAAGCUGCCUGCCUUUCUCCUUCACAAUUAUUUGUAUCAUUCCUAAAAAUCAUAGUCUGUUUUUGGAAAUAUGAAAGGUAAAUGUAAACAGAAUAAACAGUAUUUUCAUCAUUGUGAAAUGAAACUUUCACAUCUCUCCUUUGUUUGGAAAAAUGGAAACUAAAGCUUUACAUUUAUACCUAUUUAAUUUAGGAGCAGCUUUUGGAUUUGUAAGGAAAAUGAGAAUUUUUUUGCACAGAAGACCAGCCAAGCAUCUCAAUGUGCUCAUUUUCCUCUUCCAUAAAAUAUAAAAUAAAAUUAAAGCUUUCAAAGGCAUCUUGGUAGAACUUUUGUGUUCUGAGAUAAAGACACAUCUUACUUCCCCUGGUGCCCCUUAGGUAGCUUGGGUCCUAAUUACAGGAGAGAACAAAAAGUGGCUUUGGAUAGCCAUUUUGGUUCAUCAAUCACACAAUAAAUUUUUAAUCACAUAAAAAAAAUUUUUUAAUGAUUUUUU